AUGCCAGCGAUUGAUUCCGACAUUGAUCAAGUUCAACUCAUGUUUGAUGUCAACGUCUUCGGCCCCAUGAGAAUGGUUCGCAACUACCAUCCCAUGGUCAUCCGGGCUCAUGGUAUCAUUGUGAACAUUGGCUCCAUCGGUGGUAUCUCACCCUUUGUGUAUGGCUCUGCGUAUAAUGCGACCAAGGCGGCCGUCCAGCACUGGUCCAAUACUUUGCGGGUUGAGAUGUCCCCCUUCAGGCACGUCUGCUAUUCACCCGAGAUCAUCGCCGGGGAGAUUGGCACCAAUAUCCUGAAAAGAGACAGGAGCAGAGAGCUCCCGGAAGGUCAGCCUCUUACUUUUAAUAUCAGGAAGCUGCAGCUAAUAUCCCAAUCUACAAUUGCAGGAUCCUAUUUUUCGGCACUCUCAGAAGAGUUUAAAAGCCAUGUCAACCGGGUCCCUGGUAAACCACAGAUACUUGGAGCUCUUGAUAACUUUCAAAGUAAGCUAACCGUAAGCAACUUAGAAACCACCGACCGUUUUGAGUAUGCACGGGCAGUCGUCGGAGAGAGCUUGAAGAAUUCGCCUACGUCGUGGUUUUGGUACGGGAGCUGGGCAAGAUUCUUCCGGUUUCUCAACGCCUUCUUUCCUCGAACUAUAUUUGUAUUUUACUUGGCCCCCUCUCGUCAUGUAUACUUUGUGUACUAA